AUGGCGGUUUACGCCAAUAGCUUCGGAUUUCGCGAGCCAUACCAGGUACUCGUUGAUCCAACAAUCAUUCAAGACUCAAUGAAAUACAAAAUGGACCUCAUCAUCAUGUUAGAACGCACAUUGCAAGGCAAGGCCAAACCAAUGAUAACACAAUGCUGUAUCCGACACCUUUACGCGACCGAUAACCAACCACUCAUCAACCUCGCCAAGACCUUCGAGCGCAGACGCUGUAAUCAUUCCAUCAGCGACGAUCCUUUGUCGUCACUAGAAUGCAUGCUUUCGGUCGUUAUACCCUCUGAAGAUGCACCGAUACCGAAUAAACAUCGCUAUGUAGUGGCUACAGACGACCAGGAUAUGAGGGAGAAGUUCAGAGAAUACCCUGGAGUACCUGGAAUACACAUUGUUAGAAGUGUCAUGGUUUUGGAUCAAAUUAGCGAUGCAACGUCUAGAUGGAGAGAAAACCAAGAGAAGGGAAAGCUGAGAAGUGGAUUGAAAGAUAAACCGGCUUCAAAAAAGCGGAAGAGGGACGAAGACGAUGAUGAGGAAAUGAAAGAUGGCGAUGGAUCUGGAUCGGAAUCCGAUGACCAAUCAACAAGUGGGGCACCGGAGAAAAGGGAAUUAGCCGCGAAAGAGGCUCUAAAAAAGAAGAAAAUUUACGGGAAACAGAAGCAACCAAAUCCGUUGAGCGUAAUGAGAAAGAAGAAGAAGCCACCUACGAAAGUUCCUGCCAAGACUUCAAAGGAAGGUGCAGGUGGGGAACAAUCGAAAACUAAGAGAAAGAGGAAACGGACCCAUGCAAAUAGCGGCAGCGCUACAGGCGAUACGAAGGAUGUAUCAAGGGAUACGGCCGCUCAGACCGAAAUAUGA